ACUCACAGCUACAGCAACGGCAGCAGCAACAGCAGCAGCAGCUACAGCAGCAAAAGCAGCAGCAGCCACAGCAGAAGUCACUUCACUCACUCAACGCACACAUACACACGCACACAGGCAGUUCAACGGAGAGUGAGAGAGAGAGAGAGUGGCACACGCACACAAACACACACACAGUCACAUUCGGACUCACUUUGCAUUUUCACAAGUUUGAGUCGGAGAGCGCAGCACACAAGCAGCAUUCAGUUUGAGUUGAGACGUUGUCGUGGGCACGUCGCAGCAAAGAGAAGAGCGCACAAUAUCAACAACAGCUACAACUACAACUACAUCUACAACUACAAUACAGCACAAAAGACGUAAAGCUAUAGAGACUACAAGUAACAAAAUACAGAAAACGUUUUGUGCAAGUGACAGUGCCACAUUUAAACAAGUGCUAACAUAAAUAGAAAGAACAAAUAAGCAGAACCAAAAAUAAAAAAAAGCAGAGAAUAUGUCUUCGACUUCGGCCUCGCCCAUCAGCAACAUAACCGUGGACGACGAGCUUAACAUAAGCAGAGAACAAGAUUUUGUCGAGGAGGAUUUUAUAGUUAUCAAGGAGGAGCGCGAGAGCAGCUUGUCGCCCAUGUUGACGCCACCGCACACGCCCACCGAGGAGCCACUACGUCGUGUUGGCAACACUGCCACAACAGUCGCUGAGGACACGGUGGCAACACAGUUGCACAUGCGACACAUGGCGCACUACCAACAGCAGCAACAACAGCAGCAGCAACAACAGCAGCAACAGCAUCGUCUCUGGUUGCAGAUGCCACAUCAGCAACAUCCACAUGGUCACUAUCCGGUUUAUGCUGCCGCUGGCAAUGCUGAUCCUGUGUCUGUGCACCAACAGGCAUUGCUGAUGAAUCAAUGGAUACGCAAUGCUGCCAUCUACCAGCAACAGCAACAGCAGCAGCAGCAACAACAGGCGGCAGCAGCAGCAGCAGCGGCACAGGGACAUCAUCAUCAUCCUCACCAUCAUCAUCAUCCGCAUCAUCAUGUGCAUCCGCCAACACAUGGCCAUCCCCAUGUGCGUCCCUAUCCCGCUGGACUGCAUAAUCUUCAUGCCGCCGCUCGUCACUUUGGUGUCAUGCCCAAUCUGAAGCUGAGCGGUGCGGCAGGAGCAGGAGCAGCUGGUGCCGCAGGUGCAACUGGCAGCAGUCGCCCCAAGAAGCAGUUCAUCUGCAAGUACUGCAAUCGCCAGUUCACCAAGUCCUACAAUCUGCUGAUUCACGAGCGAACUCACACGGAUGAGCGUCCCUAUUCCUGUGACAUCUGCGGCAAGGCCUUCAGGCGUCAGGAUCAUCUGCGGGAUCAUCGUUACAUUCACUCGAAGGAGAAGCCCUUCAAGUGCAACGACUGCGGCAAGGGAUUCUGCCAAUCCCGAACUCUGGCCGUGCACAAGGUCACCCACUUGGAGGAGGGUCCACACAAGUGCAACAUCUGCAAUCGCAGCUUCAAUCAACGUGCCAAUCUCAAGAGUCAUCUGCAGAGUCACAGCGAAUCGGCAACCACCGCAGCAACAGCAGCAACAACAACAACAGCAGCAGCACCAGCACCACCACAAUCACCACCAACACUGGCGCCACCUGUACAAUUGGUCAGUCCGGUUGAUCUGUCCUCAUCGGGUGGUGGAUCCACCAUAGAGCGACCCAAACGUGCACUUGGCUUCACCAUUGAUGAGAUCAUGAGCAGAUAGACCAAGAAAUUUGCAAAUGCUAUUUAUUGGUUUUAUGUUCAGGAUGCAAUCACAUCCAGAAUGCUGAGCACCGCCAGGCAUGGGAAGUGUCUGGCCUGGAGAGGGAAUCAUCUCAGCAGCUGCAGCGACAGCGACAGCAGAGCGAUCGAGUCCAGAUCAAAGGGAUCUUCACAAUCCCCAGUGAAUCCAAAAAGGGAAGGUCAUCCAAAAUCAAAGGGAAAGAGUCACAAAACUAGCCCAAUCGAUGCUAUAUAAACCCAAUCUUAUAUAGCUAACCGAUUUGAGCUACAACUGAAUAAUGAAUGCCAAAGCAAAACAUAAAGAAUAUAACAGUAAAUGAAAGUAUUGCGAUCAAUUCCAAAAUAUGGCAUGAAAGAAAGAGAAAAACAUACAAAGAGAGCGACAGAGAGAGUUCUUCAGCCACAAGCUAACUGUAAAACUAUAGUUUAAUCAUAAUUAAUAACUUUAUUUAUUUAAAGCUAAUCGUAUGUACCUUAUAGCUAUAGCUAGCCGGAUUCUUCAGUUUGUAAUUUGUUAUUAUACGAGAACACCAAUACCAAGAUUCCCAUAGAAACCUCAGACCUAUAUCGGUUAUACAAAGACUGUAUUAUUUAAGCAUAAUAUUAAUUUGUUUUAUGUUAAUCAAUAAAUAUAUAACAAUCAAUUAAUUGUUCGAUCGACUCGUUAACUUUA